AUGUACUGCUUUCAUUACCCCCCGAGCAGUCUACCGCCUAUACACCCUGCGGCGCGUCCCCUGGGACUGGACUAUACGCAUUGCCCUCCAAAUCCAUACGGCACAUUCGGGAUUCACCCAGAUCUACAUGACGACACUUUUGCCAGACGGAAGCAGCGACGAAAUAGAACUACGUUUACUCUCCAACAGCUAGAAGAACUAGAAAAGGCGUUUGCGCAGACUCACUAUCCUGAUGUUUUCACGCGGGAGGAUUUGGCCAUGAGAAUAAACCUAACUGAAGCUCGAGUACAGGUGUGGUUUCAAAAUCGAAGAGCAAAAUGGCGGAAGACGGAGCGAUAUCAGCAACAAAACAGUGCCGCGCCGACACAAGGGUCCGGUGAGGGCGAUUCUCAUCAAGGACAAGCGAGACCACAGAACACUUCAUCUACUGAGAACGAUAUUCCUCAUAAACAAACAGAUUCAACGACUAAACCUUUGUCUGUGGCCGAAGAAGAAGACGUGAUUGAAGAGGCUCUUUCGCCAGACGCUGGUGACUACCAGAAAAUAUCGCCCAAGGAUCCGGGCAACGCUGAAUCGAAAGAACAGCGUCUUAUCGAAUCUGAGAGCGACAACAAUAGCGAACUCAGCCAGACAGAUAACGAAUGCAAGCCUGAAAUAUUCAACAAGGGAAAGAACAAUCAUUCUAAGCAUCUUGAACACAAUAUGAUGCCAUUGCCAGAUGGAUUAAAGAGAGAAAUGCCGCCACAGCCAUACAUGAUGAACCCUUUGUUGCAAUUAUCACCCCCUGGUUUACAUAACGGAGCAACACUGGCGGCGCGCCUGGAGCAGCUUGCAGCAGCCAGCAGACCCCGCCCCUACCACUUCCCUCCUCCUUUCCACGUGAACCCGUUCCAGUCUUGCUUCAACCCCACCCUUGUGGGCAGGCCGCUAUUCCAGCUUCCUCCCCCUGUAACGCCUGCAGCACAGGCUGCGCCCCCAGCACACCAGGGAGUGAAAGGCGUACAUGGUUUCUGCACCUGCUGUCCACCCCGUGCUUCUUCUUGUAGUAACAUCCUGGUCAACCACGAACACAGGAGCUCCAGCGUGGCAGAACUACGGCGCAAGGCUCGCGAGCAUUCCCACGCUCUGGCCUUGGAGGCAGUGAACGGUGGUGGCGGUGGAGCAGGAGGAAGCAGUGGCGGAACCGCUGGAGAGACUGCAGUUGGAGGAGCCGAUAGGGCAGAGCUUUUCCUGCGGCUCAAAUAA